AUGAGUCAUUCAGAUCUAUAUAAACAUGUCAUUCAUGUUACAUUAACUGUUAAUUCAACUACAUUAUAUACAUACGAGAAUCAUCAACUAAUUCCCUUGUUAAACAACCUCAACUGUUCUGAACUAAUCAGCCAAGAAUUAGGGUUGAUUAACUCACUGAAGACCCUUAUUGGGUCAGUUCCAUUGUCAGCUAGUUCAAAUUACAAGCUCGUGUUGUAUUUCAUAAAGAAAGUCAUUGCUAAUUCUGAUGGUAGCCGAGAUUUAAUUACGGUGGUGGUCAUAUGUCACUAUAGCAUGAACAAAACAUUAGUGUUGAAUAUCUUGAAAACUAUCAUGGAUAAGUAUAUUGAGUUUAGAAAAAGAAUAGAAGAGGAACUGUCAGGUAAGAAUGAUAAGUUGAAACUUGGCGAGUUCAAACUUUAUAUGAAUCAGAUUAUAAAGUAUGAGGAAAUGAAUUAUGAAUCCAAUCAAAACUUGUAUAAUUACGGAAGCACCGAGGAGACAAUAAACCCAAACCAGUUACUCCUUGUUAACGAAGAAGUUGAUGAAGUUAGGCAGUUGAUGCUUGAUAAUAUCAACAAAUUGUUGAGUCGUGGUGACAAGAUUAACCUUCUUGUAGAUCAAACAGAUAGGUUAAAUACAAGCUCGCUGAUGUUUCAAAGAAAAGCACAACAAAUUAAACGAAAGAUGUGGAUAAACAAAGCCAAAUUUAUCUUGAUGUUGAUUGGGGGGAUAAUCCUCUUGGUUUACUUGGUUAUUGGAAGUCAAUGUGGGUUUCCUUUCUUUGGACUGUGUAGACACAAUCCUUAA